ACAGAUGAGGAGACUGUGAUUCACAAACUAGCAUAAAUUGGCCCAAGAAUUCACAUGCAGUAAGAGGCUCUUUAUCAGCGUUCAAUUCAACCCAAGGAACCAGGAACCAAGGAGGAAGGAAGUAAUUGACAUUCAAAGCCUCUAUUUUUAGACACCUUUACACUUUCUUUUGCUUCUAACUAGCAAGGAUUUUUCCAAACAAGCUUUUAAUUAGCAGGCACCUCACAGCCUGGGAUCCUGACUCCUCUCCAGCCUAAACAUCUGAAGUGACUGCUUCCUCAACUCUUGGACUUCAGUCUCCUGGGCCUUUAAUCUCUUUUACAUCCAGCUUUGUAUUGCCUAAGCAGACUGGGACUUGCUUCGUCCCUCGGCUCUGCCGUGGAGCACUCCUGUUAAGCCAGUGGAAUUGCACACUGAAGAUCCACCCUUUUGGUGGCAAAGUGACAAGUGCCAAAACUCAGGCCUCACUUUUCUGCCAGACCCAGAAUAAUGGAUGUGAAGGACAGGCGACACCGCUCUCUGACCAGGGGACGGUGUGGCAAAGAGUGCCGCUACACAAGUUCCUCCCUGGACAGUGAAGACUGCCGCGUGCCCACGCAAAAGUCCUACAGCUCCAGCGAGACUCUGAAGGCCUAUGACCACGACAGUAGGAUGCACUAUGGAAACCGAGUCACAGACCUAGUUCACCGGGAGUCAGAUGAGUUUCCAAGACAAGGAACUAACUUCACCCUUGCGGAACUGGGAAUCUGUGAGCCCUCCCCGCACCGAAGUGGCUACUGUUCUGACAUGGGGAUCCUUCACCAGGGCUACUCUCUGAGCACAGGGUCUGACGCCGACUCCGACACAGAGGGAGGGAUGUCUCCAGAACACGCCAUCAGACUGUGGGGGAGAGGGAUAAAAUCCAGACGCAGUUCCGGCCUGUCCAGUCGUGAGAACUCAGCCCUUACUUUGACCGAUUCUGACAACGAAAAUAAGUCAGAUGAUGAGAACGGUCGUCCCAUUCCACCUACAUCCUCGUCUAGCCUCCUCCCAUCUGCUCAGCUGCCUAGCUCCCAUAAUCCUCCACCAGUUAGCUGCCAGAUGCCAUUGCUAGACAGCAACACUUCCCAUCAAAUCAUGGACACCAACCCUGAUGAGGAGUUCUCCCCCAAUUCAUACCUGCUCAGAGCAUGCUCAGGGCCCCAGCAAGCCUCCAGCAGUGGUCCUCCAAACCACCACAGCCAGUCGACUCUGAGGCCCCCUCUGCCUCCCCCUCACAACCACACUCUGUCCCAUCACCACUCGUCUGCCAACUCCCUCAACAGGAACUCACUGACCAACCGGCGGAGCCAGAUCCACGCCCCAGCUCCUGCACCCAAUGACCUAGCAACCACGCCAGAGUCCGUUCAGCUUCAGGACAGCUGGGUGCUAAACAGCAACGUGCCACUGGAGACCCGGCACUUUCUCUUUAAGACCUCCUCGGGGAGCACACCCCUGUUUAGCAGCUCGUCUCCGGGAUACCCUUUGACCUCAGGAACCGUUUACACGCCACCGCCCCGCCUGCUGCCCCGGAAUACCUUCUCCAGGAAGGCCUUCAAGCUGAAGAAGCCUUCUAAAUACUGCAGCUGGAAAUGCGCCGCCCUGUCCGCCAUCGCCGCAGCCCUCCUCUUGGCGAUCCUGCUGGCGUAUUUCAUCGCAAUGCAUCUGCUCGGACUCAAUUGGCAACUGCAGCCGGCCGAUGGGCACACCUUUAACAAUGGGAUAAGGACCGGCUUACCAGGAAACGAUGAUGUGGCAACAAUGCCAUCUGGAGGCAAAGUGCCCUGGUCAUUGAAAAACAGCAGCAUAGACAGUGGUGAAGCAGAAGUUGGUCGACGGGUGACCCAAGAAGUACCCCCAGGCGUGUUCUGGAGAUCACAGAUCCACAUCAGUCAACCCCAGUUCUUAAAGUUCAACAUCUCCCUUGGGAAAGAUGCUCUCUUUGGUGUUUACAUAAGAAGGGGACUUCCACCAUCUCAUGCCCAGUAUGACUUCAUGGAGCGUCUGGAUGGGAAGGAGAAGUGGAGUGUGGUUGAGUCACCCAGGGAACGCCGGAGCAUACAGACCCUGGUGCAGAAUGAAGCCGUGUUUGUACAGUACCUGGACGUGGGCCUGUGGCACCUGGCCUUCUACAAUGAUGGCAAAGACAAAGAGAUGGUUUCCUUCAACACUGUUGUCUUAGAUUCAGUGCAGGACUGUCCACGUAACUGCCACGGGAAUGGCGAAUGUGUGUCUGGGCUGUGUCACUGCUUCCCAGGAUUUCUAGGAGCAGACUGUGCUAAAGCAGCCUGCCCUGUCCUGUGCAGUGGGAACGGACAAUAUUCUAAAGGGACGUGCCAGUGCUACAGCGGCUGGAAAGGCGCGGAGUGUGACGUGCCCAUGAAUCAGUGCAUCGAUCCUUCCUGCGGGGGCCACGGCUCCUGCAUCGAUGGGAACUGUGUGUGCUCCGCUGGAUACAAAGGCGAGCACUGUGAGGAAGUUGAUUGCUUGGAUCCCACCUGCUCCAGCCAUGGGGUCUGUAUAAAUGGAGAAUGCCUCUGCAGCCCUGGCUGGGGAGGUCUAAACUGUGAGCUGGCAAGGGUCCAAUGCCCAGACCAGUGCAGUGGGCACGGCACUUACGUCCCCGACACAGGCCUCUGCAGCUGUGAUCCCAACUGGAUGGGUCCCGACUGCUCUGUGGAAGUGUGCUCAGUAGACUGUGGCACUCACGGCGUCUGCAUCGGGGGAGUCUGCCGCUGUGAAGAGGGCUGGACAGGCGCAGCUUGUGACCAGCGCGUGUGCCACCCCCGCUGCAUUGAGCACGGGACCUGUAAAGAUGGCAAAUGUGAAUGCCGAGAGGGCUGGAAUGGUGAACACUGCACCAUUGAUGGCUGCCCUGAUUUGUGCAACGGCAACGGGAGAUGCACACUGGGUCAGAACAGCUGGCAGUGUGUCUGCCAGACCGGCUGGAGAGGGCCCGGAUGCAACGUUGCCAUGGAAACCUCCUGUGCUGAUAACAAGGAUAAUGAGGGAGAUGGCCUGGUGGAUUGCCUGGACCCUGACUGCUGCCUGCAGUCGGCCUGUCAGAACAGCCUGCUCUGCCGAGGGUCCCGGGACCCCCUGGACAUCAUUCAGCAAAGCCAGACAGACUCGCCUGCCGUGAAGUCCUUCUACGACCGCAUCAAGCUCUUGGCGGGCAAAGACAGCACCCACAUCAUCCCUGGAGACAACCCCUUCAACAGCAGCUUGGUUUCUCUCAUACGAGGACAAGUGGUAACUACAGAUGGGACUCCUCUGGUUGGAGUGAACGUAUCUUUUGUCAAAUACCCAAAAUACGGCUACACCAUUACCCGCCAAGAUGGCACGUUUGACCUGAUCGCCAAUGGGGGUGCCUCCUUGACCCUGCACUUCGAGCGAGCCCCGUUCAUGAGCCAGGAGCGCACCGUGUGGCUGCCGUGGAAUAGCUUUUAUGCCAUGGACACCCUGGUCAUGAAGACCGAGGAGAACUCCAUCCCCAGCUGUGACCUCAGUGGCUUUGUCCGACCAGAUCCUAUCAUCAUCUCCUCCCCGCUGUCCACCUUCUUCAGUGCUUCCCCGGGGCAGAAUCCCAUCGUGCCGGAGACCCAGGUUCUUCAUGAAGAAAUCGAGCUCCCUGGUUCCAAUGUGAAGCUUCGCUACCUGAGCUCCAGGACCGCGGGCUAUAAGUCUCUGUUGAAGAUCACCAUGACCCAGUCCACGGUGCCCCUGAACCUUAUCAAGGUUCACCUGAUGGUAGCUGUAGAGGGCCACCUCUUCCAGAAGUCAUUCCAGGCCUCUCCCAACCUGGCCUACACCUUCAUCUGGGAUAAGACAGAUGCCUACGGCCAAAGGGUAUAUGGACUCUCUGAUGCUGUUGUGUCUGUUGGGUUUGAGUAUGAGACCUGCCCCAGUCUAAUUCUGUGGGAGAAAAGGACCGCCCUCCUUCAAGGAUUCGAGCUGGACCCUUCCAACCUCGGUGGCUGGUCUCUGGACAAGCAUCACAUUCUCAAUGUUAAAAGUGGAAUCCUACACAAGGGCACUGGGGAGAACCAGUUCCUGACACAGCAGCCUGCCAUCAUCACCAGCAUCAUGGGCAAUGGCCGCCGCCGAAGCAUUUCCUGUCCCAGUUGCAACGGCCUUGCUGAAGGCAACAAGCUGCUGGCCCCAGUAGCUCUGGCUGUUGGAAUUGAUGGGAGCCUCUUCGUUGGAGAUUUCAAUUACAUCCGGCGCAUCUUUCCCUCUCGAAACGUCACCAGCAUUUUGGAGUUACGAAAUAAAGAGUUUAAACAUAGCAACAACCCAGCACACAAGUACUAUUUGGCAGUAGACCCUGUGUCCGGCUCUCUCUAUGUGUCUGACACCAACAGUCGGCGAAUCUACCGAGUCAAGUCUCUGAGUGGAGCUAAAGACCUGGCUGGGAAUUCAGAAGUGGUGGCGGGGACCGGAGAGCAAUGCUUGCCCUUCGAUGAAGCCCGUUGUGGGGAUGGAGGGAAGGCCGUGGAUGCCACCCUGAUGAGCCCUCGAGGUAUUGCAGUAGACAAGAACGGGCUCAUGUACUUUGUUGAUGCCACCAUGAUCCGGAAGGUUGACCAGAAUGGAAUCAUCUCUACCUUGCUGGGCUCCAACGACCUCACUGCUGUCCGGCCACUGAGCUGUGACUCCAGCAUGGAUGUGGCCCAGGUUCGCCUAGAGUGGCCAACAGACCUUGCUGUCAACCCCAUGGACAAUUCCCUGUAUGUUCUUGAGAACAACGUCAUCCUUCGAAUCACUGAGAAUCACCAAGUCAGCAUCAUUGCAGGACGCCCCAUGCACUGCCAGGUUCCUGGAAUUGACUACUCCCUCAGCAAACUAGCCAUUCAUUCCGCCCUGGAGUCAGCCAGUGCCAUCGCCAUUUCUCACACUGGGGUCCUCUAUAUCACCGAGACGGAUGAGAAGAAGAUUAACCGUCUACGCCAGGUCACAACCAACGGGGAGAUCUGCCUUUUAGCUGGGGCAGCCUCAGACUGUGACUGCAAAAAUGACGUCAAUUGCAACUGCUACUCGGGAGACGAUGCCUACGCGACUGACGCCAUCUUGAAUUCCCCAUCGUCCUUAGCUGUAGCUCCGGACGGUACCAUCUACAUCGCAGACCUUGGAAAUAUUCGGAUCAGGGCGGUCAGCAAAAACAAGCCUGUUCUUAAUGCUUUCAACCAGUAUGAGGCUGCAUCCCCCGGAGAACAGGAGUUGUAUGUUUUCAACGCCGAUGGCAUCCACCAGUACACUGUGAGCCUGGUGACUGGGGAGUACUUGUACAAUUUCACUUAUAGUGCUGACAACGAUGUCACUGAACUGACUGACAAUAACGGGAAUUCCCUGAAGAUCCGUCGGGACAGUAGUGGCAUGCCCCGCCACCUGCUCAUGCCUGACAACCAGAUCAUCACCCUCACAGUGGGCACCAAUGGAGGUCUCAAAGUCGUGUCCACACAGAAUCUGGAGCUUGGCCUCAUGACCUAUGAUGGAAACACUGGCCUCCUAGCCACCAAGAGUGAUGAAACAGGAUGGACAACUUUCUAUGACUAUGACCACGAAGGCCGCCUGACCAAUGUGACACGCCCCACGGGGGUGGUGACCAGUCUGCACCGGGAAAUGGAGAAGUCCAUCACCAUUGACAUUGAGAACUCCAACCGUGAUGAUGAUGUCACUGUCAUUACCAAUCUGUCUUCAGUGGAGGCCUCCUACACAGUGGUACAAGAUCAAGUGCGGAACAGCUACCAGCUCUGUAAUAACGGUACCCUGAGGGUGAUGUAUGCCAAUGGGAUGGGUGUCAGCUUCCACAGUGAGCCCCAUGUCCUAGCGGGCACCAUCACCCCCACCAUUGGGCGUUGCAACAUCUCCCUGCCCAUGGAGAAUGGCCUCAACUCCAUUGAGUGGCGCCUAAGAAAAGAACAGAUUAAAGGCAAAGUCACCAUCUUUGGCAGGAAGCUCCGGGUCCAUGGAAGAAAUCUCUUAUCCAUUGACUAUGACCGGAAUAUUCGGACCGAAAAGAUCUAUGAUGAUCACCGGAAGUUCACCCUGAGGAUUAUUUAUGACCAGGUGGGCCGCCCGUUCCUCUGGCUCCCUAGCAGUGGGCUGGCAGCAGUCAAUGUCUCAUACUUCUUCAACGGGCGCCUGGCUGGCCUUCAGCGUGGGGCCAUGAGUGAGAGGACAGACAUCGACAAGCAAGGCCGAAUUGUGUCCCGCAUGUUUGCUGAUGGAAAAGUGUGGAGCUACUCCUACCUUGACAAGUCUAUGGUCCUCCUGCUUCAGAGUCAGCGUCAGUACAUAUUUGAGUAUGACUCCUCCGACCGUCUCCACGCUGUCACCAUGCCCAGUGUUGCCCGGCACAGCAUGUCCACCCAUACCUCCAUUGGCUACAUCCGCAACAUUUAUAAUCCCCCUGAAAGCAACGCAUCAGUCAUUUUUGACUACAGUGAUGAUGGCCGCAUCCUCAAGACGUCCUUUUUAGGCACCGGGCGCCAGGUAUUCUACAAGUAUGGGAAACUCUCCAAGUUAUCAGAGAUUGUCUAUGACAGUACUGCUGUCACUUUUGGAUAUGAUGAGACCACCGGCGUUUUAAAAAUGGUCAGUCUCCAAAGUGGGGGUUUCUCCUGCACAAUCAGGUACCGAAAGAUAGGCCCACUUGUGGACAAGCAGAUCUACAGGUUCUCUGAGGAAGGCAUGGUCAAUGCCAGGUUUGACUACACCUAUCAUGACAACAGCUUCCGGAUUGCAAGCAUCAAGCCCGUCAUAAGUGAGACUCCCCUUCCUGUGGACCUCUACCGUUAUGAUGAGAUCUCUGGCAAGGUGGAACACUUUGGCAAGUUCGGAGUCAUCUAUUAUGAUAUUAACCAGAUCAUCACCACCGCUGUAAUGACCCUCAGCAAACACUUUGACACCCACGGGCGGAUCAAGGAAGUCCAGUAUGAGAUGUUUCGGUCCCUCAUGUACUGGAUGACAGUGCAAUAUGACAGUAUGGGAAGGGUGAUUAAGAGGGAGCUGAAACUGGGGCCUUAUGCUAAUACCACUAAAUACACCUAUGACUAUGAUGGAGAUGGGCAGCUCCAGAGUGUAGCGGUCAAUGACCGCCCAACCUGGCGCUACAGCUAUGACCUCAAUGGGAACCUCCACCUGCUGAACCCAGGAAAUAGUAUACGCCUUAUGCCCUUGCGCUAUGAUCUCCGGGAUCGGAUAACCAGACUUGGUGAUGUGCAGUACAAAAUUGAUGAUGAUGGCUAUCUGUGCCAGCGAGGGGCUGACAUCUUUGAGUAUAACUCCAAGGGCCUCCUAACAAGAGCCUACAACAAGGCCAGUGGGUGGAGUGUCCAGUACCGCUAUGACGGUGUGGGGCGGCGGGCUUCCUACAAGACCAACCUGGGCCAUCACCUGCAAUAUUUCUACUCUGACCUCCACAACCCGACCCGCAUCACCCAUGUCUAUAAUCAUUCCAACUCAGAGAUAACCUCACUCUAUUAUGACCUCCAAGGUCACCUCUUUGCCAUGGAGAGCAGCAGUGGGGAGGAGUACUAUGUUGCCUCAGAUAACACAGGCACUCCUCUGGCUGUGUUCAGCAUCAACGGUCUCAUGAUCAAACAACUGCAGUAUACAGCCUAUGGGGAGAUUUAUUAUGACUCCAACCCUGACUUCCAGAUGGUCAUUGGCUUCCAUGGCGGACUCUAUGAUCCCCUGACCAAGCUGGUCCACUUCACUCAGCGUGAUUAUGAUGUGCUAGCAGGACGAUGGACCUCUCCAGACUAUACCAUGUGGAAAAAUGUGGGCAGGGAGCCAGCCCCCUUUAACCUGUAUAUGUUCAAGAGCAACAAUCCUCUCAGCAAUGAGCUGGAUUUGAAGAACUACGUAACAGAUGUGAAAAGCUGGCUUGUGAUGUUUGGAUUUCAGCUUAGCAACAUAAUUCCCGGCUUCCCAAGAGCCAAAAUGUAUUUCGUGCCUCCUCCCUAUGAAUUGUCAGAGAGUCAAGCCAGUGAGAAUGGACAGCUCAUUACAGGCGUCCAGCAGACAACAGAGAGGCAUAAUCAGGCCUUCAUGGCUCUGGAAGGGCAGGUCAUCUCCAAAAAGCUCCACGCCAACAUCCGAGAGAAAGCAGGCCACUGGUUUGCCACCACCACACCCAUCAUCGGCAAAGGCAUCAUGUUCGCCAUCAAAGAAGGGCAGGUGAGCACCGGCGUGUCCAGCAUCGCCAGCGAGGACAGCCGCAAGGUGGCUUCCGUGCUCAACAAUGCCUACUACCUGGACAAGAUGCACUACAGCAUCGAGGGCAAGGACACCCACUACUUCGUGAAGAUCGGCUCGGCCGAUGGCGACCUGGUCACGCUGGGCACCACGAUCGGCCGCAAGGUGCUGGAGAGCGGGGUGAACGUGACCGUGUCGCAGCCCACGCUGCUGGUCAACGGCAGGACGCGAAGGUUCACCAACAUUGAGUUCCAGUGCUCCACGCUGCUGCUCAGCAUCCGCUACGGCCUCACCCCCGACACCCUGGAUGAAGAGAAGGCCCGCGUCCUGGACCAGGCGAGGCAGAGGGCCCUGGGCACCGCCUGGGCCAAGGAGCAGCAGAAAGCCAGGGACGGGAGAGAGGGGAGCCGCCUGUGGACUGAGGGCGAGAAGCAGCAGCUUCUGAGCACGGGACGUGUGCAAGGUUAUGAGGGAUAUUACGUGCUUCCCGUGGAGCAAUACCCAGAGCUUGCAGACAGUAGCAGCAACAUCCAGUUUUUAAGACAGAAUGAGAUGGGAAAGAGGUAACAAAAUAAUCUGCUGCCAUUCCUUGUCUGGAUGGCUCAGCGGGAGUAACUGUUAUCUCCUCUCCUAAGGAGAUGAAGACCUAACAGGGGCACUGAGGCCGGGCUGCUUUAGGAUUCCAGGUGGCAAGAAAGCUCACAUUUUUUGAGUUCAAAUGCUACUGUCCAAGCAAGAAGUCCCACAUCCUGAAGUAGACUAAAGCCUGGCUGAAAAUCCUGAGGAAAACAAAACAAACGAAUGAAUGAACACACACACACACACACACAAAAUGUUCCAAGUUCCCCUAAAAUAUGGCCCACUUGUUCUGGGUCUACAUAGAGAAAGAAACAAUAGCAACAACAGGAAAAAAAAAAAAAAAGGAAAAAGACGCAAAAUGUCUAAAAGGAACAAAAGAACAGGAAAACACAACAAAAUAAGAACACAAAGAACAAAAAGCAAAACAUACUACACAUUGACCGAAACACAAAGACGUGAAGACAAGAAGGCCUCAUACUCUAUUACCUCACUCAUCCACACGUGAGCGACACAGAGACAUCCAGCAGGGCCGGCGUCACAGACCAGCUGAGGAAACCCAGUCAGACUGCUUGUCGGACAAAUCCUACUGACAUUUUCGUUUAAACAAAUACAGGUGCAUUUAAAACACGACUUUGGGGGUGAUUUGUGUGUAGCGACCAGGGAGGGGGGGGGGAAUAAAAAUGAAAGAGUGAACACUGGAAAUAAUUUUUAAAGAAAAUAAAAAAAAAAAAACUAAAAACACAUACACAAAAAAGGAAAUUAAUAUCAAAAAAUCAAAGUGAAAUAAUACCGUUCAGCACUUAACUCUCAGGUCCCAACUUAGUGGGGCCCGAGCUAAUUUAUUUGAGCGCAGAGUGUACAAUUUAAUUCAAAAUGGUGGCUAUAAUCACUCCAGAUAAAUCUCAUACUCUUUUGUCUUUGAAGAUUCCAUUGUGGACAGUAAUACGCAGUUACAGGGUGUAGUCUGUAUAGAUUCCGUAGUUCGUGGGUCUCAGUUGCGGUAGAGGUGUGGUGUUGUGACACUCUUUUGCUAACGGGCACCACUUCUGAUCACCCUGUACAUACAUAAGCCUCAAGGCACAAUCACUGUUUCAGAUUUAAAAUUCUUAGUGUGUUUGUUUGGUCCAGAAACUGAGACAAUCACAUGACAGUCACCACGAAGAGAGAAAAAUAAAAAAAAAUUAAAAAAAAAAACACAAAAACAAACAAAAAAAUCAGAAAAACAAAACAAAACAAAAAAAAAGUCUAAUAAGAACUUUGGUACAGAACUUUUUUGUAAUAUACAUGUAUGAAUUGUUCAUCGAGUUUUUAUAUUAAUUUUAAUUUGCUGCUAAGCAAAGACUAGGGACAGGCAAAGAUAAUUUAUGGCAAAGUGUUUAAAUUGUUUAUACAUAAAUAAAGUCUCUAAAA